AUGGACAGGAGGUAUAAUUUGGAAGGAAGAGGAGCGUUGGUAAUGAAAGAAAAGGGAAUGCCGUCAAUACCAGGGGAGGAAUCCUUGAGACCGUCCAGAGCGGAUAAUAAUUCUUGGAGGGAGAAGGGAUCAUCUAGGAUGGUUGGGGAAGGACAGUUAUAUGAGGAGUAUGGAAGUUCGUCCAAAGCAGGAGCGACACUUGAAAGAGAGGAUUUGGGGGAAAUGGACUCACAAAAGGACUUCCAGCCAAGAUUUAAUGAGAGGAGUAAGUUAAAAAGACACAUUAGAACUCAUACUGGUGAAAAACCUUAUGAAUGUGACGUGUGUCAAUGUCGAUUUGUUCAGAAGAGUAAUUUAACAAAUCACAGGAAAACUCACACUGGCGAAAAAUCUUAUGAAUGUGACGUGUGUCAACGUCGAUUUGUUCAGAAGAGUAAUUUAACAAAUCACAGGAGAACUCACACUGGCGAAAAACCUUAUGAAUGUGACGUGUGUCAACGCGGAUUUGUUCAGAAGGGUGCUUUAACAAAUCACAGGAGAACUCACACUGGCGAAAAACCUUAUGAAUAUACUGCGUCAGCUGACACAUCUAGAGCUGACAAACGGCAACCAGGUGCAGGAAGUACAACCAACAGGACACAGCGCGAGUCUCGACGGGAGUCAACGUCACGGAGUGGUCAGGGUCCACUCCAAUGUGAUGUUUGUGAUAGACGUUUUAAAUGUAAAUCCAAAUUUGACAAACAUUAUAGAACUCAUACUGGCGAAAAACCUUAUAAAUGUGACGUUUGUCAACGCGGUUUUGGUCAGAAGGGUGAUUUAACAAAACACAGGAGAACUCACACUGGCGAAAAACCUUAUGAAUGUGACGUGUGUCAACGCAGAUUUAAUGAGAGAAGUAGUUUAAAAAGACACCUUAGAACUCACACUGGCGAAAAACCUUAUGAAUGUGACGUGUGUCAACGCAGAUUUAAUACGAGGAGUAGUUUAAAAAGACACCGUAGAACUCAUACUGGCGAAAAACCUUAUGAAUGUGACGUGUGUCAACGUCGAUUUAAUAUGAAGAGCACUUUAUUAUCACAUCAUUUAACUCAUACUGGUAUAGGAAACCUAUGAAUGUGAUGCGUGUCAUAAAAUUUAAGUCAGAAGAGUAAUUUCACAGUCCAUCUUAGCACAUACAGGCAAUUGAUAAACUGUGGCUCUAUUUAUUUAUUAUUUAUGUAUUACACUUUAUUAGUGAA